ACACCUCCACCUCCCACAAUGACCCACAUUUACAACAUCCAACCAGUCUAACCUUAGCAAUUAAUUAAUUUCAAAAUAAUAACAAGUCUUCUUUUCAAUUCUUUACUCGUUUACUCUUUCUUUCGUAUACGAAUACGAUUUCAGCUCAGGAGUCAGGAGUGAUAAUGGAUGAAGAUAUAGAAGAAACUAAUGUCAGGAAAAAUUCUGUUAAACGACAUAAACCAAUUAACAGGAAAACCAAACUGAGCAUUGUGUUUGAUGAAAAAGCAAGAAAAGAAUUCCUCACUGGAUUUCGUAGAAGAAAGCUGGAGAGGAAGCGGAAAGCUCAAGAGCAGCUAAAAGAGUGGCUGAAAGAAGAAAAGAAACGCAUUAAAAAAGAAGCUCGAGAAGAAAUUAAGAAGCUGGUGUUGACCAAUCGCCCGAUUCCUGAGCUCGAGCAUUUGCAUGAAGAAGAAUAUGAUUUACCAGAUCAUACAGUGAGUGUAGUGGAGUUGAAUCCUGUGGAUUUGGAGAGCAAAAACAACUGGAUAGGGUCAAACAGAGUCCAAUAUGAAACAGACAAAGAAGAUGAAUCAGAAAAAGAAGAUGAUGAAAAGGAAAAAGAAAGCAGUGAGUUGCUUGGAAUGGAGCUGAAAUCAGAAAAAGAUGUGAGAAAAGCAAUAAAACACAAAGCUACAAAACAAGUGCAGAAGAGUAAAGCUUUCCAAACCAAACAGCGGUUAGAGAAGAAGAAACAGAUUAAGAAAUCACAUAAAAAUAAACAUCAGAGGGUAAAAACUAGAAUGAAGAAAGAGAAGUUUAAAGGUCACAAAAAAAGAUAAAUUUAAAUAAAUUUGAUUGUUGCAAAGUU